AUGAUUUGCAAGCUCUACCACAGUAUUCCUCGGCCGUCCGCCGAGCGUCAUCAUGUCGACGCGUUUACGGGCAGAGACGCAGCCAAUGCUUUGGAGAGGGUCUUGAUGGAGGUGUUCCCUGAACGACAAGUCAAAAGGGUCAAUGCACUGAGGGUGUUGCAGAAAUUGGUUGAAGACUCGGUGAUCGAGAGUGAUGAUUGCAAGAGAUCCAUGGCUUUUUUGGACCAUUCAACUGUCUUUUAUAAGUGAGUCGGAAAUUUUUAAGAAAAAAGUUUUUGGCGAAAAAUGAGGAUUUAAAGGGUGGAUUAUGAAGAGUAAAAUACGCUGAAGGCAAGGUCAUGUUUUAAAUUGAAGAAAACCAUUUUUAGAUUUACCUCAUAUGGACUGGAAAAACACAUGCCUGAAGCUUUGGAGGCCUUCAAAAAGAUGGAUUCUGAAGGCGAGAAGUCAAGAAAACGAAGGAGAUCGGGCAGCACAGCGGCUAGGACUUUCUCUCAAAUAAGGUGAGUUGGAUUGGCCCCAAAAAAGUUUCAACUAAAUCCCAAUUUUUCAGAGAAAAAUGUCGUCGAUUCAUGUCCACCGACCGAACCCCCAAAAACAAAGAAAACGUCUCUCCGGACUCUCAAAUUCAACUGCUCUCUUCCAAAUGCAUUACCCCUCAAAUCGACCGCUUCCGGCCCUACAUGAAUGGUCGAGUUCAGCCGUUGAACCAGACGAUCGGGACUCCGCACAUCUCCAAAUUCUCUGAAGCCAAGAGAAGAUCGAGAAGAGACAUUUUCGACAAUGGCACCGUUGAGGGACUGUCUUCGCUCAGUUUGACGGAUCGGGCCAAAAGUUUUUGCACCAAGCCCAAUCAGGCGAUCAAUCGGGAGACCAAAAGUCUGGGGAAUUAUUUGGGACGAAGGAAGGCGAGUUUCGGCUCCACGGAGAGGCUGUUCGACCGAUUGAAGAGGAUUUUUUGA